CCCGGAGCCUGCUACUUCUGUUGCCCACCAUUCAUACAUACACAUCCUCGUAGCUCCUCCUUUGAGCCUUCCCCAGCACCGUACAGCUUGCUACUCUGCUCCACAGCUCCAGCCGUGCCUCCUCCCCCACGUCUCUUCCUCAUUCGCCCCCAUUCCUUGCCAAGCAGCGCCUUACAUUGCCCACUGCAUCGGCAGCGGCUUCCGAAGAUGGAGCUCGCUGUAUCUGGAGGCCCUUCGCGAGGGCAUCCUCCGCACCACCACCCACACCCUCAGCAUCAGGGGCACCCCUACGAUGCCUAUCCUCCUUCUCCUCCACGAGCACCACAGGCUGCUGCACCUCUUCCAGCCAACUCGUCAAAGAGGCGCGAACAACAGCAGCAGGAGUACGCCUAUCAGACUGGUGGACCGCUUCAGAAUUCGGCUCCGUCUGGCUAUCCACCGCCGCCUGGCUACUACCCUGCACAAGCUCCCCCGCCUCACGGGUCGCCUGCUCUCGUACCGCAUGGUGGUAUCCCCGCCGCGAGCGGCUCCAGCCGGCAUGCAUAUCCAGACUCUGGCGGAUAUCCUCUGGCACCACCCAUGGCUCCACCGAUGCAUCAGCAAGCACACAUGCAACACCCACAUCAUCCACAGCACUAUCCGCACCACCUCGGCCCACCCCAGCACAUGGGUCCCGGGUAUUACGAGGGCGAUAUGAUGGACAUCGAUGCUCACUACGCAGCUCAACAGCAACAGCACCACAUGGGCUACCCCAUCCCACCACCAGGAAUGGCUGAUCCUCGCAUGGGCUACCCUCAGCCGAUGCCGCCUCAUCAUCAACACGAUCCUCGCUCUCACGAAGCUUAUCAAGGCGGUCCGCAUCCUUCCCACCUCCCUCCUAACCCCCCGGCCAAGACCAAGACCAAGAGCGGCUCACGCAAGGACAAGGAGAAGAGAGACAAGCAGGGAGGUGGAGCUACUGGCAAAGCUGCCAAAGGCGAAGGCAAGGGACAAGCUGCGAAGGAAGCAAAAGCAGAGGCAGCAGCUCAGGCCAAGGAGGCAGCGGCUGCCGCCGCUGCAGCAGCUGGGGCCACCACUGAGAGCAAGAAAGACAAGAAGAAGCGAGAGGUCGUUGAUCGGAUCUUCCGGAUGCACGCGGAGACUAUGGACAACAGGGAAGGUCUCUUCCAACAUCUGCAGCACCAAUUCCUCGCGGAGCACACCACUCUCCUUACCUCGCCAUUGCUCUCUCGUCAGUACCAGCUCAACCUCUCAUUCCUUACCCUCCAACGCGAAUCCGCUCUUCGGCGUAUAGCUCUGCUUCAUGCCCAUCAAGCCGAGACUGCUCGGAAGACAUACGAGCUGGAGAAGACCAAGGUGGAGGAGGAAGCCAAGCAAGCCCGCAAAACUGUAAGAGAGCGCCUGACAGCGGCAGUAGAUGAAAGGCGGAAGAAGUUGAAGGACGAGAAGGAAAGCGGCGAAGGAGCCAGUGAUACCUUGCUCGAAUCGUCUUCUCGCCCUCACGCGACCCGUAAGCUACGGAACAAGCAUACGGGCACUUCGCGUCGCCUGGCCCUUGCGGCAGGUGACAUUGACUCUGGGGACGAGUCAAGCGUCGCGGGUGGCCCUUCUGGCUCGACGACCCAAGGCAAGGAUCGCAGCAAGGACGGCUCGAUCAUUUUGGCGGGAGCCGCUGCCACUAACAAUGCGAACGGGCUUCUACUGGCAGGCAGCAAAGCUAUGGACGCCAGUGCUCCCAUCCUGGGCUUACAUGGUCUUCCUGAGCUUUCCCUUUUGCAAAGCAGUCUCCGAGUAUUCGAAAAUGACAACCCGACUCGAGUCAAUGGCUCUACCAAGGGCAAGGGAAGCCGCAAAGCGGGCGGGAAGAAGCGCCGUGGCGCUAUGCCUGAUCGACCACCUUCACCCGCUCCGGACGCCGAAGAGGAGCAUCUGUCGAAGAAGGCCAAGCGCGAGUUGGAACGCGAUCGACUCUCUUUCCUCGCUCUAGCCUCGUCCUCGCUCCCUGCCACUCUGACAGGGACCGGCACUGGAGGCAGUGGUGCUGGUGGAGGUGUUCUCUCGAGCGGUCCAGGUCCAGGGGGCAGUAAAACCAUCAGAUGGGAGCCCGGAAGGAGUGUCCUGCAGCUGACGGGUGCAAAGGACUAUGAAGCGGAGAGCGACCUGAUCCGAAUUCGGGGUGGCAUCGGUGGAGGCAAGAGACGCAGAGGCGCUGCUGCUGCUGCUGCUGCGUAGAUUGCCCAGCCGCGAAGCGGCAGAGUCAGCUGAAUGCCAAGACCAACUUAGCCUGAUGUUCUCUUGUUGUACUUUGUGCAUCCUUCAUCGUCAAAUUCAUUUUGUUCAAUCACGCCCCC